AUUUAUAGUACGAGUUACUUUACAAGUGAUAAACAUGCAACAACGAUAGUUGGAAUGAAUUAAGAAUAAGUCUUAUAAGAUAAAUUAAAAGGACAAUAGUAGUUCGCAUACAGAAAGGUAAUGCAAGAUGAAACCCUACCCAGGAGCCAAGUUGGUGGUACGAAUGGCUCGGUACGGCUGUACCAAUCGUCCGUUCUAUCAGAUUGUUGUCACAUGGAACAGGUAUCCAAGGGACAGGAAAAUCAAGGAACAGCUGGGGUUUUAUGACAGGCUACCAAACCUGACUGGGGAGCAGGUCCUGGGGCUAAACUUAGACAGGAUCCGACAUCACUUCAAGCACGGCACAGAAUUCACCCGCCCCGUGCUACAGUUACUAGGUAUUGUUGGCUAUUUCCCAAUUCAUCCUUACACUCUGGUUGAGGCAAAAAGAAUAACUCGGCGUCGAGAGGAACUAGAACAGAAAUUAAAGGAAAAAUACCUGGAGGAGAAAGAGGAGGAAACAGAUAAGAUUGUUCAAGAUGAGAGUGACCAGUCAGGGGAGGAGGUCAAAAGUGAAAGUGUCGACAUUGACCAUUCACCUUCCACAGACAAUCAGACAAAAACUGUAAAAUCAGAUGUAACCAACCUAGAGGAAGCUUUAUCAGAAUCUAUAACUAUAGCAAAGAAAGCCUCUGUAUUAAAAAUCUGAAAUCUC